UUUCGUCUCCGUUGCUACGAAGAGUAAACCGGGAUACAUCCGAAAUGGAUAAUUGGUGCCGUGUUUGUAUUCAAGACGCCAAAGGAAACCUUAUUCCAAUAAGCUAUGAAGUGGAGAAUAUAUCAAUCGCGAACCUGAUAACUGCCUGUAGUGGUGUUCUGAUUAAAGAGUCCGACCAUCUGCCAAAGAAUUGUUGCGAGCGAUGCGUUGAGGGUCUUCACAUAGCAUAUAGUAUAGUUAAACAAUGUCAAGAUUCCGAUGAAAAAUUGAAAAAAAUGAAAACUAAUCAAGGCGAUGCUGAGGAGGAUUUCGGCGGAAAAGAUACCAUUGAAACACAUCACCAGGAAACCGAAGAUGAAUCUGCUCCCGAUGAAUCGAAUAAUGAAAACGAGACAAUCCAAAAUGUUUCGGAAUCAACGGUACUUACCACUUGCUGUGCAUGCAGGGCCGAUUUUGAAACGGCCGAUGCUUUGGCUGAUCACAUAAAGAAGCUACAUGAACCAGAAAAGACGAAUGAUGAUUCGAAGAAACCGUACCAAUGUGAUAUUUGUUUCAAACGAUACUUUAAAAAGACUUCUCUGAAUCGCCAUAAGAGGAUGGGCAUCUCUGCCAUUGGUGUUCAUUUACAGGAAGAGGAACAACCUACCGACCAUCGGUGUUGUGGCUGUAGAAAGGACUUUGACCGUUUAGAGUUGCUGAAGGAACAUUCAUUGAUGGAACAUGGUUCCAAUAAAACUAGCGAUGAAACUAAACCUUUUCAAUGUGAAAUUUGUUUCAAACGGUACUCCAACAAAACGUCCUUGGCCCGGCAUUUCCGCGAACGCUUUGCCGAUCGAAGCAUUCGUACUGUUCGAAAACUUAUCCCUAACCAGUGUUGUGGAUGUAGAGAGAAAUUCAGCACAAAAGAGCAACUACGGCAACACUCCAAGUAUGUUCAUGAGCCGGACCGUGUGACAAACCUUGGCGGGUUGAAACCAUUCGAAUGCAGCGUAUGUUACAGCAGAUAUUCCACUUUAGAAGCAUUCAAUCGACACAAGUCUGGUCAUUCUAACGACCAGCUCUAUCAGUGUCAGCAAUGUGACAAAUCAUUUGUAAAACGAAUAAUGCUGCGGUAUCACGAACGGAAGCAUCACAAUGGUAUACAGCGAGAAGUUAUAGGACCGUACCAGUGUACACGUUGUGGGAAAACAUUCAUGCAACCUAGUUCUUUAACAAAUCAUGAGAAGGUUCACGACAGAAGCGAACGAUACGAAUGUUCCAUUUGCCAAAAAGAAUUUUUCAGCAAAGGUAAUCUACAAACCCACCUAAAGCUGCAUUCGAACCCAGUAGAACUACGGGAAGCUUUGUACGAAUGCUCAGUUUGUCGUAUUGGAUUUAAAACCCCAAACUAUCUGGAAGUACAUUCCAGGGUACACACCGGAGAAAAACCGUACACGUGUAAGUAUUGCUCGAAACAGUUUGCUCAUGCGUCCGGUCAUAAGCGACAUCUGUUGACCCAUAGCGGUGUGAAACCGUUCGUUUGUCGGUUCUGUGGUCGUGAGUUCUCCAACCGACCUAAUAUGUUGAUCCACGAAAAGAGCCACGGAACGGAACGGAACGCGAGAUGUGAUAUUUGCAGCAAAGAUUUCGUUCACGAUCGUUAUUUGCGAAAACAUCGGAGACGUCACUUUAGUUAGUGUGGUUUCGAAGCAAAGUCAGUAAAAGGAUGUUUUAUGUAUCACAAGAUAAAUUAUGUUUAUUAUCAGUACCUCGUGUGGGAUCAUCACAAAUGCUAUUAACAAAUGUACACAAUUUUUAUUGCCAUUUAAAAAGUGGAUGAUUCUUUAGUGUUCCUAAAAUAUUUACACUUGUUAGACCUGGAUUUUGCUACAGUAACCACUACCAUAUUAGGUGUUCAUGUUUUCCUAGAUUCAGUUACACAUUAAUUGAGUCACUUACAAGCAGAGUGGUCUUGUUUCCAAGUCGAACUCUAUUUGACUACGCCAUAAAAUAUUGUAAAAGUAAAUAAAUAGUGUAGUUAUCUAGUUUUUA